CCUCAUCUCAGUACUUCUGCUCUCGACCAUGCUCUCAGGCACGAUCCAGUUGUUGUUCAACUUCCAUCGGUCGGAGUCUCUAUCAGCUCUCAUUAAUAUCUAUCUGUGAUAUAUUAGAAUUUAACCCGUUCCUCUCAGGAGAAGAAGAGACGAGAGGAGCUUUAGAACAAUUCCACCUCUUCAUCCGGGUCCUUAUCUGCUGCUAGCUGCUUCAUGCUAGGUGGCUAAUGCUAGUCGAUGAACAUCAACCAACUGAAGAACAAAGAGUAGCAGAAACACCGGGUAAUACUGUGUACUUUUACUAUGAUACUGUGUACUUGUACUCCUAAGAUUACUGAGUACGUUUACUAUAACACUGAGUACUUUAAAACUGAUAAUACUUAGUACUUUUUUAUUUGGAGCUGUUCAUCGAUCAUUCCUCACAGCAGGCUCACCUCUCUAAAGAUGGCGGCGCAGACAGCAGCAGCGGCCCCUAGCUCUCCCGAGUCUUUAGUGUAGACCGAGAGGUACUCAGCGGCUUUGGAAUACGUUGAUCCUCGCCUGCUACCUACAUGCCGAAUAGGAGACGCCGCAAGCGGUGUGGGAGGAAGCAGAAGAGGGGUAAGCGCGGAGGCAUCCGAGCUAGGCUAGCAGCUAGCCCACACAGGCCCGCUAUUCCGAGCACUCUCAUGGCUAAUGUUCGCUCACUGGACAAUAACAUGGACAUCAUAAGACCACUCCGGUCGACUCGGAGUGGGGUGAGAGAGUGCUGUGUGUACGUUUUCACGGCUAAACGCUCAGACAGAGCUACGGUUAGCGGGGGGAAGAGCCGCGGCGGCGGUGUGAUUGUUCGCAUCAGUGAUGCUUGGUGUAGGGACGCGGUGGUUUUCUACAAACACUGUUCACCGCUGGCGGGGUUUAUGUUCGUGAAGUGCAGGCCUUUCCAUCUUACCCUAACCUGCUAGCAGGAUGGAGUUAAUUUAUUCCCACCUCUGCUGCUAAGCUACUUCUUAGCUGUAGAUUGGUUUUGUGUUGACUGUAGUGUUAAUACUUAUUUCAGAGAGCCAGCAGGAGAAGGAGCACUGAGAGCAGCAUGGAGGGGAACAAAGAGACCCCCAGAACUCAGAGAGCCAGCAGGAGAAGGAGCACUGAGAGCAGCAUGGAGGAGAACAACGAGACCCCCAGAGCUCAGGAACGGAGAAGAAGAAAGCAAACCGGACCUCACAUCUGUGACCAGUGUAACAAAUCCUUCUCAACAUCUAAUACUUUAAAGAUUCAUCAGCGCAUUCACACUGGAGAUAAACCGUACAGCUGUGACCAGUGUAACAAAUCCUUCUUAACAUCUCCUACUUUAAAGGCUCAUGCACGCAUUCACACUGGAGAGAAACCGUACAGCUGUGACCAGUGUGGGAAAACCUUUGCUCGGAAAGGUCACCUUUCAUCUCAUCAGCGCAUUCAUACUGGAGAGAAACCACACCACUGUGAAGAGUGUGGGAAAACCUUUGCUCAGAAAAGUCAGCUUUCAUCUCAUCAGCGCAUUCACACGGGAGAGAAACCGUACAGCUGUGAAGAGUGUGGGAAAACUUUCACUAGAUCAGAUAAACUCAAAAUCCAUCAUCGUAUUCACACAGGACAGAAACCAUACUGGUGUGAAAAGUGUGGGAAAACUUUCACUACAUCAAGAAAUCUCUCAAUCCAUCAUCGUAUUCACACAGGAGAGAGACCAUACUUGUGUGAACAGUGUGGGAAAACCUUUACUCAAUCAAUUGAACUCACAGUCCAUCAUCGUAUUCACACUGGAGAGAAACCAUACAGCUGUGAACAGUGUGACAAGUCAUUCACUACAUCAAGUCAUCUUAAGAGCCAUCAUCGUAUUCACACGGGAGAAAAACCACACAGCUGUGAAGAGUGUGGGAAAACUUUCACUACAUCAAGUGAGCUCAAAAAACAUAAUCGUAUUCACACUGGAGAGAAACCAUACAGCUGUCUCCAGUGUGACAAGUCAUUCUCUAGAUCAGGUCAUCUUAAGAGCCAUCAUCGGAUUCACACUGGAGAGAAACCACACAGCUGUGAACAAUGUGGGAAAGCCUUUACUCAGAUCAGUUCCCUUAGAUCCCACCAGCGCACUCACUCUGCCUCCAUCUUAUCCUUUUCUGAGUCAAGCUAGCAUUCCCCCUGUGUUCUACAAAUGUAAAGCUGACCAACCGUGACUUUACAUUCUAAUAAACAUGUUUUUUAUGGUCUACAUUCAGACGUCCCAAAAUCCUGCUGUCCUCACACUCUUAGCUCUAUAUGAGAGUGCUCUGGUUAAUACAAAUGUUUUUUUAUUUUAGAUAAACCAGCCGUUUCACACUUUUCUGUGUGUAACGUUCACUGAAUUGUUUUUAUUCCAUGUUUUGGUUCAAUUGAAAUGCUUGAGUUGCCUUUUUGGUACUUUUUUAUUUUUAAAGUGAUGUUCAAAACACUAAGAAACGUUAGGUAUGAGAAGUGAUAAAGUACAUUUGUGACGUUCUUGUUUUGUUGUCUCUUUGUAGGACACUGAUUUAAAUUAUUCUUAAACUAUGAAUUAUUUUUAUGCUGUGUAUGUAAUUUAUUAUAUGUAAUGUCUUGUCUUUUAUCUGGACCCUGAGUCUGUAAUUAUAAAGUUUUCAUAAUAUGAUCUCAUGUUCAUUAUUUGACUUCAUUGUGACUGCCAUUAGUUUUCUGUGUUCUCAGUAAAUGUGAUUCUUGCUGCUGGAAUAAUCUGAGCUGUAAACUUAAAACUUGUUUUCUAUUUUCUCAUUAAAGUUGUCGACACAAAGA